GAAUAAACAGUGUCUUAACUUAUAUCGAACCACGUAGAAUCAAGCUACCAAUAAUCCCAUAAUCCGUCCUCUUCAUUCACUUCUCGAUACCGCGAUACCCUCUUAAAAACAUUUUACCCUGGCCUCCGGUCCGACCGAUCGAGCUGCUGAAUCAAUCAUUACCAUUAUUUGAUCGUGAUAAAUAUGGCACGAAGCCCCAAAGAUUCUUCCAACUUCCUCGUCAACUGUUCGUCCCCACUGCUUAUGCUUUGAGACCUCCGGAGCUUAGCUAUCCUAUCCACCUCCAUUUCCAAUGGAGGACUCACCUUCGUUGGAGCUCAAGCUCCUUUAUGGCAAGGACAUCACGGCCUUCAACUUCUUCCAGAAGCUCAACGUCUACGUGGCCGCCUCCAUCUCCUCCGACAAGCCCGACAAGAAGCUCGACCGGGCCCAGCAGCAGCGGACGCCGGCCGAUAAGGAAGGAGAUGGGUCCCCAGAGUGGGGGCACGACCUGCGGUUCGACCUCAAGGGGAUCGAUUUCCGUGACUCCAAUGACGUCUUCCUCCGGCUCGAUCUGUUCCACGAGGGUGUCAUGUUCGGGGACAAGCCCAUCGGGGAGGUCCGAAUCCCGCUGCGGGAUCUGACUGCGCAGGCGGACGGCGUGGCCCGGUUCGUGAGCUACCAGGUGAAGGGGAUCGACGGGAAGCCCAAUGGGGUCCUGAGCUUCUCGUACAAGGUUAAUGGAGCUGGCCAAGCCACGGGGAUCGGGCCGGUGGAUUCGACAAACGGCAUCACCGGGUAUGUGAUUUCUCAUCACCAUCAAGGAAAUCAAGAAACGCCGCUGCCGGCGAUCGGAAACCCGUAUCCGGGAACAACUCUUUACCCGACAGUUGGAGAGGAGUCCGCGUCGGCCCCGUCUGCUCCGCCUCUCGAGACCCUGUACCCGCCGCCGGGGACCUACUACUCGUUGACGCCGGAAGGCUACUACCCGCAUCAUCCGCCGCCGCCUCCUCCUCCCCCACCGAUGAUUUAUCCUGGGUCACCUCAUUUCCCGGGGGUACACGGGGCGGGGUAUUACUACCAUCAGGGACCACCUAUGCGGCCGCCGCCGCCUCAUAUGCACCACCAUCACCGCUCGUGGGGCCAUGACCACGGCUACGGCUAUGGUCACGGGCCCUACAUGGGCGGUCGGGGUUGGGGCCCGUUUGAGGAGGGAGAGGCGUGGAGGAGGAAGUCUUGGAAUGGCAGGUGAAGAACUAUUGGGUUUGAAUUGUCGUUGAUGGACAUGAAUGAAUGGGAUGGGAAUUGGAUUCAGAGCCAAUCAUAACGAUAUGUAUUAUGAAACGUGUACUUUCGGUGAAUUCCGAACCGUAAAUCGCUUACCGGAAGCAUACUAUGUGUCUAGAAAUCAGCGGUCUCUUUAAGGAUCCAUCACUUGUAUUUGAAUUUUAUAAAAUUACGGUUCCAUUUUGCUAGUAUUUUGCCCAUCAAGUCCUCCUUCCUGCCUACUCCUUGAGGGUCCAGGCCCAAUGCUAGGUUGGCUCGAUCUUAUGUCUUAAUCCGGGCAUUACAUUACAAGAAAUAUUGGUUAUUACUA